AUGGGGACGGUAACCGAGGUCGAAGAAUCGGAUGACCACCCUCAAUUAGAUACAGACAGUCUUUCCGCCCAAGACAGCAGUAUCUUCCGACCCGAAUCUAAGCUUGCAGCUUAUAUACCAGGGGGUUACUCUCCUUCAAGAUGCAUGAAGCUCAGUGGCCUGCCAAUGGUGUAUGCCGUUUUUGCAUAUGCCGGCUGUGCAAUAAUGUUUUUCGGAUAUGACACGGCCGUAAUGUCCCAGGUUAAUAUAAACCAGGAUUAUCUCCAUGUUAUGGGGGUUGCCGGUGGUACGGAUCGUGAUGCGGCGGCAAUUGGUGGACUGGUUAGUUUGUGGUUUGGCGGCUUUGCAAUUGGGGCAAUGAUGGUCGGAUAUACAGCAGAUAGGGUUGGGCGCCUAAAAACUAUACAAAUUGGAUGUGUCUGGGGAAUCCUUGGAGCCAUCCUUCUUGCCACGGCCCAAAACGUUUCUUGGUUUGCGUUUGCGCGAGUUAUCAGCGGGAUAGGAUGUGGUUAUUUGAACACCAUUGUUCCAAUUUGGACUUCCGAACUGGCUCCCGCUAACAUGAGAGGAGCAUUUGUUGCUGUCCAAUUCACUCUUGCUAUGGUUGGAUCUGCCUUGGUUUAUUGGGUGGAAUACGCAUGUGUCAAGACACGGUCUCUCUCUUUUGCUUGGAGGUUCCCCAACGCUUUCCAAGUCAUAUUUCUCAUUAUUCUACUCGUCUUCGGACCCUUCUAUCCAGAGUCUCCUCGAUAUCUGGCUAAAAUCGGAAAAACUGACCAAGCAAAAGCGAUCCUAGACAAGUGUCGCGUAAACCAUGACGAGGAGAAGAUUGAAGCGGAGAUGGGAGAAAUUCUUAAUGCCAUCAAAAUCGAAUCUUCAGGCUCAAAUGCAAGUUUUUACGGUAUGCUUUUCACUGCGGACAAACUUCACACUCGCCGCCGAGUCUUUCUAGGCGCUGGGGUCCAAAUAAUGCAGAAAUUCACCGGCAUCGACUUCAUUGCCGUUUACGCUCCUAAUAUUUUUGCCUUCUCAGGGUUCAAAGGAGAUACACCGGCGUUGCUCGCAGGAGGUAACUGGUUUGGAUACAUUCUCGCUCUUGCCCUGUCAAUAUAUCUAUGUGACCAUGUCGGUCGCCGGAAGAUGAUGUUGUCUGGCUGUAUUCUCAUGGGAGUUGUUCUCAUAGUUGGAGGGAUCCUAGCUCACGAGACCUUAAAGUACGCCGAACUAGACCCGGGAAGGGCUAAUAAGUAUGGUGCUGGAGUUGCUUCUAUUUUAUACAUUUAUACCUUCAUAUACGGCUCGACUUGGUUGACUACUUGCUGGGUAUAUCCUACGGAAGUGUUCCCGCUAGCAACUAGAAGCAAAGGCACGGCAAUUGCUACGUUUGCUUUCUCAGUCGCUGGUGGCACUAUCAACAUGAUUAUUCCAUACCUGAUCAAUGCAAUAGGUUUUUGGGUCUUCAUUUUAUUCGCUCUUAUCAACUUGGCAAUGCUGGUACCCAUUUAUCUUUUCUACAUUGAGACCGCAAAUAGGCAUUUGGAGGACCUGGACCUUCUUUUCGCAAGUAAAAGCUGUUUUGUCUGGCGUGCAGAGAAAGAGUUUGCUGAAGCCAAAACUUCCCAAGUCCACCAUGCAACCGGCUGA